CGUUCCCGAUGCGCCGGGUCCGGUUCGGGCUGCAAACACCCGCGUGUCCUUGGCUGGGUCGGAGCGUGGGGGGCAUCCUUUUAUUUCGACGGGAUCUGCUCCACGUGGCACCGCUAUAAAGAGCCUUUGAGCGCGUUUUGUCCCGAGGGCUCUGGGAGGGCAGGCUGCGCCCCGGGGUAAGUCGGGGUUGUGGAGCUGCGGAGUUGGGGUGGUCAUUCAGCGCCGCUCACACUGACUUUGGCCCGUGAUUUUCCCUCUGUAUGAGAGCUGCACGUCUGCGGAGUUCAGGCAGUGAUUGAGCGCUCCUGGGAAUCUGAGCAGCUACAGGGGUGGAAAUGCAAGGUGAAGCUCGGCAGCAGCGCUGACCUUGUGCAGCACGUUGGCUUGAAGGCCAAAGUGGGGCCUCGGUGUCACUGCAGUGCUUCAUCUGGGGUGACAGAAUGGUGGAUGUGCAUUUCUGCAGGUUGAUAAGUCACUGCUAUCUGUAACACAUCCCCGAUGUCCAUUAGUGGAGCUCCCCAUUAGUUGCCCUCUGAGAGGUCGGGCAUUGCUAUUGCUGCUCUUAGAGGGCAUCAGAGCUCUGCUGGAGCUGCACGAGGCUGCAGGAAACCUGCCCAGGUCUGCUGAGCCCCAGACCUUCCUGCCCUCUGGUUGUGCUUUUGUUUGUGUUGCUCACUCAACAGAACUGUUGGCUUUGGAUUUGUGGGAUAUAUACUAAAUAAACCUUCAGAGCUGCGGAGUUCAUGGUGUAAUUCAGUUAUCCUUGGGGGCAUUCUGAAAGGAUGAAGACUUCCUGAGCUGCUCUGCAAGGUGGAAAAUCAGGUUGGAAAACAGCAGUGUUUGGUAGCCAGAGGGGGAAGGCUCUUGAGAGCCUCUGAAGCAUGCAGACGGAGCUGAUGAGAGGGUCAGAAAGCAGAGAUCAGAGGAUCAGAACGCUGCAACAGAGGCAGGGUGCGAUUUGGUGCUGCCUUUCAGGUGAUGAUUCAGAGCACGGAUUUGUGUUGUGAUGAAAACACGCAGCCUGCAGGCUGAGCUUCGUCCAAGCCCCGUCCUCACCUCGCAUGGGAGCACAGCUGGCUCUGCUCCUCACAACCUGUUGGCACAGAGCUGUGCUGGGGACGGCUGUGUGCAGCCCCAAGCGACGCAGUGCAACUCUGGGCAAACGGGGAGCUUAGGUGGGGAUUAUUUCUUCUUCAGGGAAGAGCCUUUCUGUUACAUCCAGGCUGCUUCUCAGAAAUUUCCUCUCCCAGCUCGCAGGACCCUGAGGAAGCACUGAUAAGGAGGACUGGCUCAACUGGUUUGCAGCUCUGCAGAAAUCUCAUGGACUUGUUUACUCUGGAAAACACUCCUAGGUGACUUUGGCAUCGGUUUUCUUUCUCUUGAAAACUCACUUUCCUUAUUAAAAGUCCAAGACAAGCAGGCAGGCGGGGCCGUGCCUCACUGGGUGUCUCAGUACUGUGAUGAUUCCCAUCUGCUUUGAGCUGUGUGCCCUCAGGGGCCCCUGAGCUGACCCCAGGUGGGCUGUGUCUGUCUGCACUGCUUUCUGAAGGAGUGCCACAGUGCAGGCUGACCUGCUGGAUGUGCUCAGUGCCCCUCCAGGCACCACACGGUGCAGCACAGCGGUGCCCAUGUGUUCCCUGGCAGCUCCCACGGUUAUUAAUGGUUCCCAAACCAGUUAGUUUGAACCUGGUUGUGAUACGUCUGUGUUAGGUUGUCGUUGUGCCAAUGUUUGGAGAAGCCAAAACCUUCCUCUGGAUCUCCACUAACACCCAUUUGUGAGCCACACGUCGGCCUUUGCCAUCCAGCAGCACAUUCCUGCCCUCUGGUGCAGGUGGAAGAGUUUCACUGUGUAGUUUUGCCUUAAUAAACAUCCCAGAGAAGUUUGGUUCUGGGAGGGAUCGAGCCCUUAGCAGCCUCCAUAGGAAGAGUGUUGGCGUGUGUUUUUUGAGCCGCAGCAUCUUUAUUAUCAAACAAAGACCACUGACUGCUUUUGCUGUUUUCUUUCGGUCUGUUACACUCAAAGCCUGGAGUUUUCUUGCCUGUUUCCCAUUGGAAAUAACCUUGGUGGUGUUCCCUUGCAGAUGAGCAAAGAUUUCCCCAGCCGAGGUGGUGCAGAGGCUCCUGAUCCAGCCCAGCAGGAGCUCGGUGCAGGUGGGGGAUGUGGGCCGGCCGGUGCUCUGUGUGAGCAGCCAGGAGCUGCCGACCCCUUCAGGUUCUUUGUCCCAGCAGCACAGCAUGCCGCCAUCCCUCCUGCCAAGGCACGGCGCCAAGGAAGGCCCUGACCACCUCCUGGAGGGCAGCACUGGCUGCCAUGAAGGCGACCCACUCCCCCUACCAGAGGCUGAUGGGGAGGAGGAGAAGCCCCCCCUCACUGCCUGCGAGGGGCACCUCCAGCUGCCCGACUUCUGCUGCCGCCUUCCUCAGGACUUCAUCCCCACCUUGGAGGAGAUCGAGGAGUUCCUGAGGGAGAAAGCUGAGUUCCUGAAGGAUGGAGAGAGCGAGCAGCACGUGGCUGGAGGGAAGGUUGAAUCUGAGACCGGUUCGGGUGGCUCUGAGGGACGUUCACUUCAAGCAGAUGGCUCAGAUGGUUCCCAGCCUGGAGGGACAGCAGAUGGGAGCAACCAGGCAGCGGCUGAUGGAGACGUUCCUGUUGUCCUCCAUAUCCAGCCUUUCCAGCUUGAUAACAGCAGCCUGCCGGCACAGCCUGCUGUCAGAGUGACCCAAGUGGUCAUCAGCUUACAGGGACAAAACCUGUCCCUCCUUCCUCAGCUCCAGCCUCCCGUGACCCUCAUGGACCAAAAGUACAUCAGGAUCGCCCCGCUGCCCAACCCAAUGGGAGAGAGGAUGCUGGGGGGUGUGCAGGAUCAGGAAGCAGCCCCUGCGUGUCCAAAAGCCCCCACACGUGUCCACAAGUGCCCACAGCUGGGCUGCAGCAAGGUGUACACCAAAAGCUCCCACCUGAAGGCCCACAUCCGCCGGCACACCGGGGAGAAACCCUACAGCUGUGCCUGGCCCGACUGCAGCUGGCGGUUCUCCCGCUCAGACGAGCUCUCCCGACACAAGCGCUCUCACUCCGGUGUCAAACCGUACCAAUGCGCCGCCUGCCAGAAGCGUUUUGCCCGCAGUGACCACCUGGCCAAGCACGUGAGGAUCCACAGGGGCCAAACAAGCAGCAGCAGGAUGUAGGGCUGACCCGGCGAGGAGCAGUCCUGGUGGCAACGAAAGGAGUGCCGAAGAGGAGAAAUGAUUUUGUCGUAGCAAACGAUGCGUGUUGGAGCUUUCCUCAAGGACGGGUUGAGUUCAGGGUUUGUUGCUUUGAAAUCCACGUGGCGGAAAUCUAUUGGAGUCCUUGGGCAGGGUGACGUUGCUGCGGUGCGAGCAGGGACGUGCGUGGUGUCAGCAGAGGCAGGAAGGGAUCGGGAGGGAUGUAAGCAGCAGCACCAGCAGCAAAGCCCUUUUUUCACGUGCUGAAGGAGCAUCUGUGUGCAGAGACACCGACGUGCGUGGAUGCGGGAGAGCUGCAUGCAUUGGCUGGGGGGAGCGCUGCGACUUGCAGCUUGCUGACGUCCUCUUUGUAUUUAACUUCUGGUUAAUUAAAGGCCAACUCUUUGCUACCCGUGCCAGCUUGCCAAGCUUUUGCAAACAUCUGGGAGGGAAUUAGGUGCUUAUACAAACAAGGAAUGAACGUCAGGAGUUCCAGCGAGGCGCUGUGUCCCUCCUACGUGGCUUUGCCUGCGUGUCUCAGGCUGAUGUUUGAUGCCUGCAGGCUCUUUGCGACUCGGUGUUUGUGCCAUUAUUCCAUUGUGCUUCCAGGGCAGGAUUUUGUGUCCUUGUGUCGAGCUGCUGCUUUGGUGAGGAGAGUUGGGAUGAACCCAGAAGAAGGAUGGGGAAAUGGGCCAAACCCUGUUCCCCCACCUAAAGCUGAGCCUAAACUCCUUGACUUAUUCCUCACCUAGGAUGUUUGGGGCUACAGGCAUCAAAAAGAAGGGUCUGCUUCCCCUGAGUCUUUUCCUGUGUGCAAGCCACAGCUAAUGGAACUCUGCUUUGGCUUCCAGCAAGUUGCUCUGUUUUUUAGGAGCUGCUGCAUGUUUUUGUAGGAGAACACCUGCAUUGCUUUCCAGGUCCCCAGGCACUUGAGCAGGGGUUACAACAGAAAGCACUGGAGCUGCUUAACUUCGGAGCCAAGCCUUCCCCAAAGGUCUGGGAGGGCUGGAUUCUGGACGCUGGCUGAAACUCCUCCGUCCUUGGCUAGGUGUGGAUAAGUCUGAGCAGAAAGCUGCUGCCUGCAGCGGGGUUUCUUUCCGUGGGAGCUUGUAGCACCCGUGACCUCAGCCACAGCUCUCCCCUAUGGGGCACACAGGUGGCACUGAACGCUCCUGCUGCCGCCCCGUGCCCAAGAAACACCUCCUGAGCGAUCGUAACACUGAGCUCUGAAUGACCAGCCAGGGCAGGCAGGUAUGCAAGGGCCUAUUUUUGGUUGCCUUUUGUGUUGGUGGAUUUUUACCUGACCAGGAAUUCACUAAAUGCCCUUUCCUUGAGGGCUUUCUCCAGGGGCUGCAUGCCAACGUGACUCAUGCCCGUCUCGUGCUUUCAUCUGCCCUUCUUUGCUCCUCUCCCUCAUCCAGACUCUCCCAGCACACUCCCUGUUCGUUUUGGACCUGCCCCAUCCUGCCUCCCUCUGUUUGCAGCCGAAGGCAACUGGGAAAGGCGCUUUUCCAAACCGGAGCAAGAAGAGCCGUGCCUCUGCCUUUGUGCCAGGCACUUCUCCCUCCUGCAGCAGCUAUUUGCUGAGCAGACGCACGGGGUGGAUCUGCCAUGGAAGACGGGGCUGGGAGUGCUGGCGGUGCUGGCUUGCUGCUCACCUGGUUUGUUUUGCCAUCUCUUUUAAGCAGACCGCAAAGGGAGGGGAGAGAUUUUUAUAAAAUAAAAUAC